GGGGAGCCUCGGUCUUACCACGGAGUUGCUGCGGCUUAAGCAGCAAUGGUGGAAGCCUCCCUUCUCUGCUGAUUCCUACCGUUCUCACCUCCAUCUUCUUUCUCUCUGGCUGGCAUCCCCCUUCUGAAGAGAGCAUUCGUAGGUCUCCGAUCGGUUCGGUUUUCGGCUUGUUUCUCCACGGAUUCACGACACCGUAGCACUGUUUUGAAGGCAAAUUGAAAUUUGGAUAACCCUGAUGAAUUGAGGCAGUAUUCUGAUGGUGUUGAAAUUUGAAAUACCCAUGAGAUGGCCGUCAAGUUGGAACCUUGUCAAGAUUAGGGAAAAGAACGGUUAAAGCACCUAUGGCUGUUUAUAAGAAAUUGGUUCCUCGAGCUAUCUUCAAUUUUAUACAUGUUGAUGUGGGAAUUAUCAGAAUCUCUAAAUAUUCAGUAGCUUCUUUGUCAAGAUUUGGGUAUGCACAGUAUAGUGAUGAUUUUUGGUUGAGAAGAUUGGACCAUAAGGAUUGGCUUGCACCAAAUGAAAUCCUGAAAAUAUUUAAGAAUGUCAGAGAUCCAGAGCUGAUUAUUGGUGCAUUGGAGAAGGCCUCUAGUCGUAUGGAUUAUAAGCCUAGUGAGGCUCUUUACAGUUUAAUAGUUGAGAAGCUUGCUUGUGCACGGAAAUUUGGUGUUAUUGAGGAUCUCUUGGAGAGGUCAAGACUUGAAAAGUGCGGACUUUCUGAUGAAUUCUUUCAUAACUUGAUAAAAAUAUAUGGCAAUGUUGCGAAUCAUCCUGAACAAGCCAUUAGGACACUCCUUAGGAUGCCAGAUUUUCAUUGUUGGCCAACAACUAAGACUUUCAAUUAUGUGCUCAACAUGCUUGUGUGUACUCGGCAGUUUGACAUCAUCCAUGAGGUAUACUUGAGUGCCCCCAGGUUGGGAGUUAGUCUUGACACCUGCUGCUUUAACAUUCUCAUCAAGGGCUUGUGUCAGUGUGGUAAAUUGGAUGCUGCCUUUUCCUUGUUACAUGAAAUUCCAAAACAGGGAUGUAAGCCCAACGUCACAACUUAUUCAACGCUAAUGCAUGCUCUUUGUAAGCAUGACAGAGUAAGUGAAGCAUUUGAGAUAUGUGAGAGAAUGGAGAGAGAAGGUUGUCAUCCUGAUACGAUAUCCUUCAAUAUAUUGAUUUCUGGUCUUUGCAAACAAGGGCGAGUGGCAGAGGGGAUGGAACUUCUAAAGACAAUGAAACUAAAGGGGUGCUAUCCAAAUUCAGGAACUGAUCAAGCACUUAUUUAUGGCUUGCUUAGCACUAACAAAUUUGUGCAGGCUAAACAUUUUAUGGACAUGAUGGUCUCUGAAGGGAGGAGGCCUAGUUUUUUGUCGUACAAGAUGACUAUUGAUGGUCUUUGUAGUGAGAACCUUUUAAAUGAUGCUGUUGUAGUAUUGAAACAAAUGGUACAACAAGGAUUUGUUCCUCGGAUGGGUACUUGGAAAAGGAUCCUUGAAUGCAUGUUCUAGAAGAUUAAUCAUUGUUGUUCCCUCAUUGUAAUAAUUUCUAUUGCUGUCAGCUGAUGGAACAAAUUGAUAGAAUGGCCAACAUAAAAUUCAUUGAUCGCGUGAGCAUAUAAAAGCCUGUAUUUUCUAAUAUGUUGAUUUGCAAAAUUUAAAGUAUAUUUAAAAGUGCA